AUCGUAUUUAAGGCGUGGGCAAACACUGGAGCUGUCUACUUGUGCUGUGCCCCUGUCCAGCCGGACAGUUUCUCUCUCUCUCUCCUUGUCUGUCUGUCUGUCUGCCUGUUUUUCUCUCUGCCGGACCAGGUCUCCUCCACCAUGCUGGUAAAAGCGUUCCUUCAGACCUCGCUGGUCCUAUGGCUGGCACAGCACACCCUACAAGGAGGAGUGAAACCUCAAAGUGCCGGUAUGGGGAAAAUGCUACCCAGGGGGGCUGGUGCUCUUGGGAUACAGGGAGGCUACGGAGCCAAGCCCGCCAAAACCGGAGGAGCUGGGGGUGGUCAUUAUCCAGGGGGGGCUCAGCAGCUUGGAGGAGGGGGAUACAGAGGCCCAGGAGGGGCCGGGGGUAGGGGGGGAUAUGGUAACGGAGGCCAGGGAGGCUAUGGUGCUGGUCUGGGAGCAGGAAAUGGCCAAGGAAUGGGGACGGGAGCCGGACUGGGCUCACAGGGUGGGAAACCACGUGGAGGUGGAGGAUACGGUGGUAAUGGCUAUGGCACACAGCCAGGUUAUGGGGCUGGAGCUGUAGCCAGAGGCUAUCCACGACCAGGUGCUGGAGCUGGGUAUCCCAAUGGACAGGGAUCUAAGGGACCAAAACCGGGAUAUGGUGCAGGAGCUGGAGUGCCCAAUGGACAGGGUGCUAAACCCAAUGGGUAUGCUGCAGGAUCUGGAGGAGUUCCUACUGGACAGGGUGCUAAACCAUCCAAACAGGGAUAUGGUGCAGGAGCUGGAGUGCCCAAUGGACAGGGUGCUAAGCCCAAUGGAUAUGGUCCAGGAGCUGGAGCUCCCAAAGGUCAGGGAGCCAAAGGCAAUGGAUAUGGUCCAGGAGCUGGAGUUCCCAGUGAUCAGGGAGCCAAAGGCAAUGGAUAUGGUCCAGGAGCUGGAGCUUCCAAUAGUGCUAAAAGCAAUGGAUAUGGUCCAGGAGCUGGAGUUCCCAGUGGUCAGGGAGCCAAAGGCAAUGGAUAUGGUCCAGGAGCUGGCAUUCCCAAUGGUCAGGGUGCUAAACCCAAUGGAUAUGGUCCAGGAGUUCCAAAAAAUCAGGGAGCCAAAGCCAAUGGAUAUGGCCCAGGAGUUGGAGCACCCAACGGUGGUAAAAGAAAUGGAUAUGGUCCAGGAGCUGGAGUUCCCAAAGGUCAGGGUACUAAACCCAAUGGAUAUGGUCCAGGAGCUGGAGUUCCCAAUGGUGGUAAAAUCAAUGGAUAUGGUCCAGGAGCUGGAGUUCCCAGUGAUCAGGGAGCCAAAGGCAAUGGAUAUGGUCCAGGAGCUGGAGCUCCCAAUGGUGCUAAAAGCAAUGGAUAUGGUCCAGGAGCUGGAGUUCCCAGUGGUCAGGGAGCCAAAGGCAAUGGAGCUGAAGUUCCCAAUGGUGGGGCUAAAAGCAAUGGAUAUGGUCCAGGAGUUGGAGCCCUCAACGGUGGUAAAAGCUAUGGAUAUGGUCCAGGAGUGGGAGAGCCCAAUGGACAGGGUGCUAAAGCAACCAAAACUGGCUACGGUGCUGGAGCUGGCAGCUAUCCUGGGGCAGGAAACAACGGCUAUGGAGCAGGUCUUGGUCAAGGAGGAUACCCCCAGAAUGGAGCAGGUGCCAGUCUGGGACAGGGAGGAUACCCUCAGGGAGGAGCUGGAGGAUAUCCCCAGGGUGGAGCUGGAGGAUAUCCCCAGGGUGGAGCUGGAGGAUAUCCCCAGGGUGGAGCAGGUGGAUACCCACAGGGUGGAGCCGGUGGAUACCCCCAGGGUGGAGCAGGUGGAUACCCCCAGGGUGGAGCAGGAGGAUACCCCCAGGGUGGAGCAGGAGUAUACCCCCAGGGUGGAGCAGGAGGAUACCCCCAGGGUGGAGCAGGAGGAUACCCCCAGGGUGGAGCAGGAGGAUACCCCCAGGGUGGAGCAGGAGGAUACCCCCAGGGUGGAGCAGGGAAACCAGGCAAAGCUGGUGGUGCUAAUCUGGGACAGGGAGGAUAUCCCCAGGGUGGAGCCGGAGGAUACCCCCAGGGUGGAGCAGGAAAAUCAGCGGGUUAUGGUGAUCAAAUGGGAGGAGCAUACCCCGGGGCUGGAGCGGGCAACGGCUAUGGGAAUGGUGGAGGCCCAGCUGGGGGGGCCAAUGCAGUGCCUGCAGGCUAUGGCAAUGGCUACGGUGCUGGUACUGGAGGCAAUGGUUAUGGAGCCGGGAUUGGGUACCCAACAGUGUUAGCGGAUGGUGCUGCUGGGCUGGGAGGCAAGGCAGGGAAGGGAGCAGGAGGUCUUGGCGCAGGAGGAUAUCCACAGGGACAGGAGAAAUAUGGGGGUGGAGUCAGUCAGCUUCCUUACAAUGGCGCCCCAGUCAAUACUGCUGGACUGGAUGCAGGUGAUGGAAGCUUCCCUUAUGGUGCUCAGCAACUGGGCCUUGGUGGUGGUGAUGGAGGCAAAUCCUCUGGCAAAUAUGGCAACGGUGGAUUGCCACAGGGUGCACAACAGGGUGCACAGCCUUAUGGACCUGCGACUGGUGGUGGGAAACCACCUUGCAAAAACGGAAACGGAGGGGGCUAUGGAGCACAGCCAGCAGGCUAUGGUCAAGGACAGCUGGGUGCAGGAGCAGGAGGGAAGGAAAGCAAAUAUGGUGGUGGUGGACUGAAUGGAUUCUUUGGAAAUGGAGGAUACAAAGGUUAAGUCAAUCAGCUGAGGCCUUCUUCAAGUGAAUAUUUGUUCCGUUCCAUCAUGUGUUCAUUGUGAUGUUUGUUGUUUGGUCUGUUGUUACAUUUAGCUAUUCCAUUUUUGUUCUUAUUUGUCUGUUUUUUUGUUCAUGGUCCUUGUCUUUUGUAUUGUUGUGUGUCUGUCCCCUCUCUUCCUCUACUGUGUUUGGAGAUUGUGUUGCCAGUGUGUUUGUGUUCAUAUCCAUUUCACACUAAAGGUCAGAAAGCAACCGUAUAAUGUCUGUCAGUCUCCUCAUUCUUUUAACCUUGGCAACAGUAUGGUAAAUGUACUGUACAUGUGAUGUGGGGGUUGAGUUUUAAGACUGAAGCUCUAUGAGUUUAAAUCAACACCAAAUAAAAUCCCAAAACCUGA